AUGGACUAUCAACUAUUUUUAGAAAGCUUGGAGGAAGCGAGUUAUCUACGCAAGGUGAAGUACCUUAAUGCUAAGGACUUAACAGAUUUUAACAUAAAAGCAGCAUAUUAUAUUUGCAAGGAAAUACAUGAAAAGCAGUUAAGUAACGAAAAUGGUUAUGUAGUUAUAGGAUUAUCAGGGGGUAGAACACCUAUCGAUGUUUAUAAAAAUAUAUGUUUAAUUAAAGAUGUAGAAAUUGAUAAAAGUAAACUAAUUUUUUUUAUAAUUGAUGAAAGAUACAAAAGUGAUGAUCAUAAAUUUAGUAAUUAUAAGAAUAUUAAAUUUUUAUUUUAUGAAUUACGUAUAAAUGAGAAGGAACAAUUGUUCAGACCAGACACAACAAAGAAUCUUGUUGAAUGUAUAAGAGAAUAUAAUGAAAAAAUAAAGUACAUGCUGAAAAAAUACAAGAAAAUUGAUAUAGCAAUAUUAGGUAUGGGUAGUGACUUUCAUAUAGCUAGUUUAUUUCCAAAUAUAUUUUAUAAUAUAUAUAUGAAUAAUUAUCAAAAUGGGUAUAUAUAUGAAGAUAAGUCAAUUCAUCAUAUGCAAAAUAAUGAAAACGAUAAUGAGAAUGACAGUUUAAAUUUAUUAAAAGAAUAUGUAUAUUUUACAACUACUAAUAAUUUUGAUGUUCGAAAAAGAAUUACAGUAUCUUUAGAUGUAUUAGGAAAUGCACUAAGUAAAAUAUUUUUAUUGAAUUCCGCAGAAAAAUUAGACCUAUGGAAAAAUAUGCUUUUAAAAUCAUAUAUAGAUGCGAAUUAUAAUUUAUACCCAGCUGUUUAUUUAAUAGAUACUUGUAACACUACUGUUAUAACAUGUGGUUAUGAAAAUUAUACAAAACAGUUACAAGAAAUUUAUGAUUCCAAUAAUUCCAUAUCAUCCCACACUAGUAAUAGCUUUCAUAAAAGAGAAUUAUUAACUAUAAUUGUUUUUGGCUGUUCAGGUGAUUUGGCAAAAAAAAAAAUAUAUCCAGCUAUAUUUAAACUAUUUUGUAAUAAAUUAUUACCAAAAGAUUUAUUAGUAAUUGGUUUUGCUAGAACAGCACAAGAUUUUGAAUCCUUUUUUGAUAAACUAGUCAUAUAUUUGAAGAAGUGUUUACAUUGUUAUGAGGAUUUGUCUAUUUCGCAAAAAAGAGAUCUCUUAAAUUCGUUCAAACAUAGGUGCAGGUACUAUAUUGGUAAUUAUGCCUGUUCAGAAAGUUUUGAAAAUUUUAAUAAAUAUUUGAUAGAGGUGGAGCAGGAAGCGCACUCCAAUGAGUACACGUGUUAUUACAAUAUUAUAGGUGAGGAUAAAUCGUGCAGUAGUGAUUUACACAAAAGGGGCACAAAUGAUGAAUGGUCAAGAUGUCCUCCAACGGAUGCAACUGAUGUAGCACAUUCCACGGCGAACUAUACUUAUGUGAUAAACAGAAUGCUGUAUUUAGCAUUACCUCCGCACAUUUUUGUUAGUACAUUAAAGAAUUAUAAGAAACAUUGUUUGAACAGCAAUGGGACGGACAAAAUAUUAUUAGAGAAACCUUUUGGAAAUGAUUUGGAAUCUUUUAAAAUAUUAUCAAAACAGAUAUUAGAAAAUUUCAAUGAACAACAUAUAUAUAGAAUAGAUCAUUAUUUAGGUAAAGAUAUGGUUUCAGGAUUAAUGAAAUUAAAAUUUACGAAUACUUUUUUAUUAUCCUUAAUGAAUAGGCAUUUUAUUAAAUGCAUUAAAAUUACCUUAAAAGAAACAAAAGGAGUAUAUGGUAGAGGUCAGUAUUUUGAUCCAUAUGGUAUCAUAAGAGAUGUUAUGCAAAAUCAUAUGUUACAAUUAUUAACAUUAAUAACUAUGGAGGAUCCUAUAGAUUUAAGUGAUGAAUCAGUUAAAAAUGAAAAGGUUAAAAUAUUGAAAUGUAUACCAUCUAUAAAAUUAGAAGAUAGUAUUAUUGGUCAAUAUAUCAAAUCAAAUAAUUAUCAGGAAGAUAAUUCGAAUGAAGAUAAUAUUGAUGAAUCAAAAAGAAAUCAUAGUUAUCAUGAUGAUCCACAUAUAGAUGCAAAUUCAAUUACUCCCACAUUCUGUACAUGUAUCUUAUAUAUUAAUUCUAUUAAUUGGUAUGGUGUUCCAAUAAUAUUUAAAACAGGAAAAGGAUUAAAUAAAGACAUAUGUGAAAUCAGAAUUCAAUUUCAUAAUAUUAUGGGCUCAUCUGAUGAAAAUAUGUAUAACAAUGAGUUUGUUAUUAUUUUACAACCUGUUGAAGUAAUAUAUCUAAAAAUGAUGAUCAAAAAAACUGGAUGUGAGGAAAUGGAAGAAGUACAAUUAAAUUUAACAGUUAAUGAAAAAAAUAAAAAAGCCAAUGUCCCAGAGGCAUAUGAAACUUUAUUAUUAGAAUGUUUUAAAGGAUAUAAAAAAAAAUUUAUUUCAGAUGAAGAACUAUAUGAAUCAUGGAGAAUAUUUACCCCCUUAUUAAACGAAUUACAAGAAAAACAAAUUAAACCAUUGAAAUAUCCAUUUGGUUCAUCAGGGCCAAAAGAAGUUUUUGAUCUUGUGAAGAAAUAUUAUAACUAUGGAAAAAAUUAUACGAACACUCCUGAAUUUGUCAGAAAAUCUUCCAUUUAUGAGGAUAAUCUGCUAGAUAUUAAUUGGGAAAAGAAGUGUCUUAAAACCAGUUAA